AGCCAAACACCGAAGCGACUCCUCGCCCCGUCUCCUCCCCAUUUCCUCCCCUCCCCUCUUCCGCUUCCGAGCCAAGCAACCGAGCGGAGCAGCGCGCAAACCCUUCUCCUCCUCUCCCUCCCGCCUCGAUUCCGCGCUCGGGUUCCCCUCCCCCCUCCCUUCCCCUCGCCGAGGAGCGGGUUGCUGGUGGCCAUGUGGCCCGGCUGCGGCGGCCGCUUCUACUGGGCGCCCGCGCCGCCGCCGUCGUCGCCGGCGGCGGCGGAGGACGUGAGGGGCAUCGUGGUGGUGUUCGGUUGGGUGUGGAGCGACGAGGCGCAGCUGCGGCCGUUCGUCGAGCUCUACGCGUCGCUCGGGUGGCGCUGCCUCGUCUGCCACCCCGACCUCGUCGCGCUGUAUCUGUCUGAGAAAGCUGCAUCACUGGCAUCUGGUGUUAUCAGUGAGUUAGUGAAGGAAUUUAAAGUAAAGCCAUUGCCGAUCGUGCUUGCUUCCUUUUCUGGUGGUUCAAAGGGAUGCAUGUAUAAGGUUAUUCAGUUACUUGAUGGAAACUGUGAAGGAGAUGCAACCAUGAAGGACUAUAGGUUGGUGAGAAACUGUAUCUGUGGGCAAAUCUAUGACUCUGGGCCAGUAGAUUUCUACAGUGAUGUGGGUACCCAGUUUCUCCAAAAUACUAUAACUGGCAACUCGUCUCGACCAUCCAUGUUACUUUCAUGGAUGACAAAAGCCCUUGCAUCUGGAAUUGAUACACUCUUCCCAAGCAGAAUUGAAGCUCAGCGUGCGGAGUACUGGCACACACUAUAUUCAUCAGCAGGGCUGGGUCCUGUUCUUAUGCUUUGCUCAGAAGAUGAUGAUCUUGCCCCAUGUCAUGUUGUCUGUGGUUUUGCCAGGCGUCUGGUUGAACUGGGCACUGAUGUUAAAGUUAUCAAGUGGAGUGAUUCCCCUCAUGUUGGCCAUUACAUGUUGCAUGAAGCUGAAUACAGGAGUGCUGUAAAUGGUACUCUGGGAAAAGCUCUCGUAACCUUUUGCCACAGAAGCCAGCGGAAUGCAACAAGUGAUCAGGAGUACAAGAUAGCACACUCUGUGUGCAGUCUACACAAAGUGGCCGCUAAUUCUAAUGAGAGCCUGAGAAGGGUAGCCAACAGCCCUAGUGACCACUUCUUCUUGCCAAGUUCGAAGGACCAGAAUGAAUCUAGGGAUCCAGAUUCUUUGAUUGAUGAACAGAGGCGACAACUAUCCUGUCCACCCAGCAUGGAGCCUCAAGGAGUCCUUGGCCAAAUUCUGUUUGAUGUUUGUGUUCCAAAGAAUGUUGAAGGAUGGGACAUCAAACCAACUGUAUCCCCAAACGGGCGGCCAACAUUGGCUUCUGCUCGGCAACUCGGUCCGUUCAAUCCCAUCAAGUAUUUUCGACGUUCAAGACUAUAGCUUGUCUGCUGCAAUUGAGAGUUUUGUGUACAUAUCGGAGGCAGGGUGUCUAAUAUUACUCUGAUCAAGCUUUCACCUAUGUAAGUUUCCUUGAGAUUUCACUUAUUUAUAAUUUCUUUUGUACACCGUUGACUGUACAUAUGAUGUGUAUAGUGUAUAUAAACUAGUUGAUAUGGUAGAAGGGGCCAUCUAGGUUUGCUGGCAAGUACACACUUAACAGUAUAUAUAGGCAAGGGAGUGCGCUAUUAUGGCCCUUAAGUUUUCUAUUUUUGUGUCCCAAAGUCAUGAUCUAAUCUAAUUGUGAGAACUGUUUCUCUU